AUGCACGUCCAGUCGCGUGUAUCCACAACCACCGUCCACGAACUUCUCUUCGUCGACAAUUGUGUCAUCAAUACCACCUCGGAAGGGGACGUGCGAAGAAGCAUGGAUUUCUUCUCCGCCGCCUGCGAGAAUUUCGGCCGAAUCAUCAACACGGAGAAGACAGAGGUCAUGCACCUACCGCAACCCAACACUGCCCACAACGCGCCGCAAAUCACCGUGAACGGAACCCAUCUGCACGUGGUGGACAACAAGUAUCUGGGCAUCAACAAGAUCGACGGCGAAGUGGCCCGCCGAAUCUUCCAGGCCAGUAAAGCCUUCGGUCGUCUCCAAAACACAGUUUGGAAUCGUCACGGUCUUCAACUCAGCACGAAACUGGAAACGUACAAGGCCAUCAUCAUCCUGACGGUGCUCUAUGGAGCAGCGACCUGGACGGUGUACAUGCAGCAGGUACGCAGUCUCAAUCACUCAGUUGUCUUCGUCGAAUACUGAAGCUGAGAUGAUAGACCGGAUCUCAGACACGGACAUAACGGAGCGGACGAGAAUCCUCGGAAUCUACACUAUGCUGAGACAACUACAACAACGAUAGAGCGGCCACCACAUACGGAUGGACGACAGGAGGCUACCCAAAAGACUCUCCUAUGGAGACGUCGCGACGGGUUCACGCCGACCAGGUCAAGUCGGGUGCUAAAACAGUUCUCUGAAAACCUCCGUGAAGCGCCUGCAGAUCAACCCGGCAAACUGGAAAGACAUUGCUUGGGAACGACCUACCUGAUGGAGAACAGUGAAGACAGGCGCAGUAAUCUUCGAAGCCAACCGCAUCACCGCUACCAAAGCCAAACGCGAGACACGCAAAUCUCAACUGCCGCCGUCGCCACCGCCGCCUCAACGCCAACGCCCAACCACUUCCAGCCUGUCCACGAUGUCAACGGACAUUCCAGAUGACAAUUGGACUUGUUGGACACCUUCGGACCAACUGCAGCACCCGGACUGUACCAACCGUCAUCUCUCUGUCCACCUUUCCCUCGCCUCGCAUGCCUUCAACUAACGUUGUCCGCCUUCCGAACCGUCAUAACCAUCCUUGUCCUCCAUCCCCCCUACCUCAACGUCUGCAGCUGUGACGUCUGCCAUGCCCAUCAACACUACACACAGUCCUGACACACCAAGGAACACUAACACUACCACCACCACCACCAACUCGAGUGACGAGAACCGGGUCUAUACCUGUUCACAUUGCAAUCGCACCUUCACUUCACACAUCGGCCUGUCGGUCACGCCCACGCACCUUCGUGCAUGGCAUGGACGUAUUCGGUCACAUGCGUAUCUACGAGAACGGAACUGAUCGCAGCCCCGACACACCUAGUACCUCCUGCACAUCCACCAUGCCUAGCCUCACCAACACUCCGCCGCCUAGCGCGUUCCCCGCCAACAGCUCCAUCACACCCAGUGCAUCCUCCACACCCACCAUGCUCAGUCCACCACAUACUCGCCUACCACUACCAGCCUCAUCAUCAUCAUCAUCAUCAUCAUCAUCAUCAUCAUCACCGAAGCCGAUACUGACACCGUCGUCUUCUCAUAUCCCAUCGUCCCCGUACAUUCACUUCACGCAUCGGCCUGAUCGGUCAUUUGCGAAUCCAUCGUCCAGAGACUAUCGAAAGAGUGCUUGGAGCACCAACCUCUACUCGCCGCAUUCGCCUCCACUGUCCACAUUGCACUCACACAUUUAUUCACCGCAUGGGUCCAUUAGGUCACAUGCGCGUCUACAAAAACCUGCGGUGGACAACUGCCGGCUGCACCACACCAUCACAUCCUCCAUUACCAGCAUCUUACCGCACAUCAACAUCACCCACCGCAAGAACCCAACUGCCACCUCCCACACAAGUGGGAAGUGUGCGUCUCGGCUCCUUAUCCACGUGGCUCCUCCGCUGCAAGUGUGAUCGGAAUCUGAGACGAAGACGAUGCGUCGAGCGCCGUGGCUCGGAAGGUAGCCGACUGACGCCCCAACUCAGUCCACGAAGUUUGCCCAGUUGUGUGUGUUGGCGGACUGGUGGGCUGAGAGCCAGGCCGUCACGAUCCUUUAUCAAGAAAUUUGUGUCACUGUCAUGUAUGUGAGGAGUGUGUGUGCUUUAUGGGUAGUGCCUCUCAGUCGACGACUGCUCGGUUACCUAACCUUGAAGGGUGAAAGACCAGGCUAAAUGCAGGGCCACGUGUCGCCCUUCGACGUCAAAAGGUCUGAAAGCUUGUACUGUGCCAGUACCAGCAAACAAUGACCCUUGCAGUCUGGUGUGCGCUGACAGUUCCCUGACACCUGGUUUCCUGUCGGUAGAUGCGCUUGAGCUCCCGCUGGGCAUACAAGUGGUGGGCCAGUCGUCACCCUCGUCCUUCUGACCCCUGUUCGGAUGUUGUUGUUGCUGCUGCUGUGGAUGUUGGUGAAAAAUCCUAGUCAGGUGGAUGUUAUGGACCAGGGGAUGUGGUGGUCCGCCAAGGUGCGGGCUCGACCGUGCCAUCCACCUGCGCCAUCCCCCGCCUCCGGUCUUCUUGAAUCUGUCUUGACACCGGCUCCAGGUGGGAGGUGGGAAAUAGAGGGUGCAGUAAGUCUAAAUUCACUAUAAACUAAUUCACGCGCAAGUCGCCGUGAAGCACACGGCGGACAUCGUCGGCAACGACAGACGAACUGUCGUGUGUAUAGAUAAUGAAUUGGUCCCCGAAUUUCCGAGGCCAGCCAAGCAUUCGAUUGCCUGCAGAACACUGUCUGGAAUCGUCACGGUCCUCAUCUCGGCAAAAAAUCAAAGAUGUACAAAGCAGGCAUCUUGCCUAAGCUGCUAUACGGAGCAAAGCUCUGGACGGUGUGCAAGGAGGCGCGAAGACUCAACCACCUCCGCCUCAGCUGUCUUCGGCGGAUACUAAGGCUGAGGUGGCAGGACCGGAUCCCAGACACGGCCACAGCCAAACGCGAAGCUCGCAACUCUCAAAUGCGCCCACCUCGCAACGCCGACGCUCAACAGGCCCCGACUAACCAAGGACGUCAACGGACGUCCCGGGGACCAAUCGGUCUCAUUGAACAUCUUUGUACUAACUGCAGCACAUGGACGACACCACCCGAUGUCCCUCCGUCCAACUCGGACUCGCCCCCCACUUCGACAAUCAACACCGAACGCACUUCUGAACCCCAACUACCAUUCUCCUCUAUCGCCUCAACAUCCGCUGCGACGGCUUCCAUAUCCACCAUCACUGCACACAAUCCUGACACACCAACAAGCAUCAACCACACCACUGCCAACACCAGAGAUGUGGACUCGGUCCAUACAAGUCCUCAUUGCGAUUGCACCUUCACCUCACACAUCGGCCCGGUCGGUCGUUUGCGAAUCCGUCGCACAGAGAUUGAAAAACCAGUGACUGGAGCGCCAACAUACACUAGACGAAUCCGCUUCGACUGA